AUCCAGUCAAAGGUUCAAAGUUCAAACUUUUUCAAACAUUUCUGCCACCCACUCUCAUACUCUCUCUCACUCUCUCUCUCUCUCUCUCUCUCAUGGAAAGGCCUUCAGAGGCAGAGAAAGCAAGAACAACAAGAAGAGUGGCACUGGCAGCAAAGAACAAAAGAGAAGGAGUGCUAUGCCUAUACCCACAUCCACCAACUGGGCACAAGUCAUUAGCUUUGCCACCAUUGCAGCACCCAAAGCCAACAAGAUCAUCAGCUCCAUCUAGGCCUGGUGAGGUGAAGCUGGCUCUAGCAGCUGUAGCCGUUGAUUUGAAUGUAAGGCUGAGAUUGGCUGACAUGCCUCCUACUAUGCAAGAGCUUGCUUUUAGACACACCAGAUCACUGCUUGACUCAAGUCCCAACACAAAGAAACCCAGUCCUACUCACCUAGCCAUGUGCCUCAAGAAGGAAUUUGAUGCAAUAUAUGGUCCAGCAUGGCACUGCAUUGUUGGGAAGAGUUUUGGAUCUUUUGUGACUCACUCUACUGGUGGAUUUGUAUAUUUCUCCAUUGACAAGUUUUCCUUUCUUCUCUUCAAGACUGUGGUCGGGCCAGUCAAGUCUCCUCCUUUGCUACUGAAACUCAAUAAAUAGUAAUAUAAUGCAUUGUUGAAGUGGCUAAUUUAGCCUGUACUUCGAAUCUUUGCAUGGACAUAUUACAAUUAUUACAUGCACAAUAGGAUACAAUGUCUGUUUUCGUUCUUUAGAAUAACCCAUUAAGGUCCCUUUCGAGAGUUAAGAAUAGAAUUUGGAAUCGAAGUCAUCUUUGGUCUUUGUAAUGGCAUAGAUGCAUAGUGUAUCUUUUAUGAAAAGUGACUAAAUUUUAGUA